AUGACGUUUCUAAUUUGAAUUAACGGAUUUUUCGUAGUAGUUCUUAAUUAUCAUCUCAAAAUUUGAAAAAUAAGGCUAAAAGUUAAAUUAUCCUUUCAUUAUCAUUUCAAUAAUGCUUGUGUAGUAUAAAUUAAGUUAUGUCAUCUAAAAUUGAUCCUCGUGAGGUACUAUCCUGUUUGAACCAAUUGGGAUACAAAAAUAUUGAUGCAACUCAAUUACAAGCGUUUACUAAAGAUCUCAAAAAACUGAUGAAAUAUGAGGAGCGCAAAUCUAAUGAAGGUAACAUUAUUAGAGUGAACAUUGUGAGGGAUUUGAAUGAAAAAGAAAACACUGAUUUCUCUGAAGUGAAAAAAAUAAAAGUACCAACUUCUCAGUCCUCAACUGCAGUAGAAUUAUGCAUUACUAAGGUCAAUAAUCCAGUAAGACGUCCAGGUACAGAUCCAUCUCAAGCUUCCUUAGUGAAGAAGAAAAAGAAACGAAGUACCUCCUUAGAAUCUAGCAGUAAGUCAACAGUCACAGUGGCAUGUCCAGUUCAUUUUUUUACUGGAAUUGGAUGCCCUGAAGCUCCUAGGUCGAAAUCUGUGGGUUCAGCAUGCACAUGCCCUAUAGAUGCACAGUCCCAAGUUUCUAGUUCAUGUAUAAAGGACAAUAAAAAUAAGAAAGGAAAGAAACUAAUUUGCUCUACUCUAGAAAAUAAAAAUGAAACCAAUACAACUACUAGUUAUCCUAAUAGUGAUAACAGAACUUAUUAUUCAAGUUAUUGUCCCACUGGAAAGAAAAACCAAAAAGCUACUAUUUCUAGGAACUAUACCCAUGAUUUCACACAUCCUUGCUAUUGUCCUGGUUCUAUGAAACCUAGGAGUGCAGUAAUUAAAUGCAACAUAGAUUGUAAACCACCCUUCCCAAAAUGUGAUCCUGUUAAUUUGUAUAAGUACUAUCAGAGACAGUGGAAGAUAAAUAGAAUCCCUGGUGAAGAUAUCUCGAGAGAGCAAAGAUUCCGAUGGUGCUUUAGAGAAAAAAUCAGCUGUGGACCUCCGGCCAGGAAAUAAUUUUCGCCAAUUCCUCUUGCUCAAUUUUCAAAGUUUUCAAGUUAACUACGUUUUAAGAUCAUCCAACAAAUUUAUUUUUGUUUGUUUAGGAAUAUGGUGUUUUGAGUUUUCGAUAUCUGCCUAAAUUUGGAGUUUAGGAGAUGGUACCAUCUGAUAUAAAAAUAAUUUGACGAUUGAUCUCAGAAUCAAGAAAUGUGAGGUUUAUUUUUUGUGAAUAGUAAGCUAGCAUAAGGUUUUGUUGAUUGUUUAAUAAAGAAUUAUGUUAGAAA